AUGGUGACGAGACGAAAAGCCAGAGAAGUGGUGAAAAAGGUCGCAGAAAGGUACCUCCCAUGGGUUAGCAUCGCUCACUUGGUUUGCAGUACCCUUCUGUUGAAUUAUCUUGUGGCACACUUGGUAGUUACGACCUUAUGGUUUUUUCCUAAGGGGGGAAAGGACCAACUAAUAAAGGAGGAAAAAUUGACUAGCGCUACCCUCGAAGGAGAGCAGAACAAACACAGGGGAGAUAAUCACCACGAUGAUUUUGUCGUCGACACAAUCUGUUUGACCUACAUCCUUUUAUCUGUCCUCUCUUGUAUUAUCAGACUUGUAACUGUAUCCACGCAGAGGAGGAGGAAGAGGAGGAAGGAAGGUGCCGAUGUGGAAGGACGAAUGAAUACAUCGAUCAAACAGGAGAAUAUCCCUCUCGCGACACGAUGGAAGAGACAAGUGUGGGUUGCGUGCACCCAUCUGAUUAGUUACGUCAUCCUCGCAUUGUUGGGUCUACACAGAGGGAGGGGAGGUAAAUCUGCCUUCUUCCCAUUCAUCCUGGUAGUGUGUGAAAUGGGCACUCCACUUAUCUCCCUACUGAACAUCGUAGGAUCAGUAAAAAAGGGUUAUAUAAAUAGCUACCUGAAGGAAAAAAAAAAAAAAAAAAAAAAAAAAAAAAAAAUUAACAAAGUAGAAUUAUUCCUCUUCUUAUUCUACUUCGCUAUUGAAAAACGUUGGAGAAAAAAUCUCCGUCGCAACGAUGGAGGACAGGUGUUAGACGCCCAAAGGGAAGAGAACAAAGGGAGAAAUACUUUUUCUUUCAGUCUAAAGAAGGAGUGGUUUCUCCGCAGAUGUAUUAACUUAUGCGUGGACUGGUUGGAGCGCCAGCUGAGUUCCUUUCAGUUAUGCAACAUCGGGAGGGGAGAGGAAUCCACCGCAGUGAGGGUACCCUCCAAUAGGACGCACUCUCCAAAAUCAUCCCGCGAAGGGGGGAUAUCCCCCCCGGGGAACGUAACCUCUCAUGUAGGAACAAACACUGUGGAAAGGCACAGAGGUGAAGAGGCGAGGAUGAAAUCGAAUAAAGAGAAUGAAGAAGACAAUCUAAGUAGAGGAAGAAAUGAGGGAGGAAGUUCCCACUUCGAAAAGAAAUCUGCUGAUGCACAGUUGAAGGGAACGACUGGAAGCGAAGGGAAUGGUGGUUGUUCUUCCAAUCCAGAGGAGAAGCAUUAUAUGAAAAAGAGGAUGGAACAAGAUUCAGCUAGUCAUACACAUGAGGAGAGAUUAGAUAGUGAGGGUGAGUUAUGCGAGAGGGUCAAGAAAAAUGCUCACAAGUACAAACAUUUCUACCAUCAAUAUUGUAGGGAGGAAGGCGAAGAUGUGCUGGAGGACGAGAGCAGCUCAAGGGAAACCCCCUUUUUGAAGUUUCCCAUGCAGAGGGAGCGAAGAAAAUUCAAUGUCAUCCAGGGUGGCCGUGAUCACCAACAUGGUAGUGAUGUAGCAUCGCCAAAGGAGACAACACCACACAGUGGUGAUAUUCCCUUGUCACUCCUACACACUGAAAGACACAACAUUAGUGAAAAAGAGAGAUUCAAUUUUGGGAACGCCCAAAUGAAGAACCUGAAUGAUAGGCGGAGUUACACCUCGUUGUACUUCCCCUCCGUUAUCGAAACGGACAUGGAGAGGGGGAGUAUCAGCCAAGACAGAAUCAUUGAUCGAAGCGGAAGUGGCGGAGGCAAUGAGAACAUGUGGAACGCUUCUCCAUGCAAGGCGAAGGAGAAAUCUCCCUCAGAGGCCAACCCUCACAAACAUUCAGAUCCCCGUGUCGACUUACAUGCAAGAGACAAAUUGGAAGGUAUCGAAGAAGAGGGUACUUGUUUAAACGAAAGGGGAGAAGAGAACUUCUCCGUUGGGCAUCUCCUGAAUGAUGUGAAUCGAAGGGAGGAAUAUAUCAACGCCUCCUUGCUCAUGGAUGGGAAAUAUCUCCAAAAAGGAAAAGAAAGGAAGAAGAUGAAGGAAGGAAAAAAACACCAUUGUGUUUAUCUUUCCCCCGAUGGGAUGAAGUACUCACAUUCGAAUAAGGGAGAAGACAACGUAGUGAGUAGCAACGAAAUGAACUCCCUUGAAGCCCAUAUCAGAACUUCCCUCUCGAACUUCAAAAGGAAGAAGGAAAUACUUACUUUCAUAAACGAUAUUUAUAAUACUAUUUUUAUGAUAAGCAUUUUGUCCAUGCUCCUCACGAAGGGCAUUCUUAUAUGUACCUUUCUGUACUUCCUCCACCGUGUGCCAAUCGCCUCAGGUCGAUCGUUCCCAUCUGGUCUGUUCUCCUUGUUGCAGAUAUGCCACUUUACGCUCUUCCAUUUGUACGUGCGCGAGUACAGAGCAGGUAAGCGGUAUGAUCGUACAUAA